UUUUCAUCGUAGCUUUCCAUUCGACUACGGCUGCCGUCCGUGUCCUUUCCCUCUACAGUCUAUUAUAAUAGUGGUCUACACUUCUCGUAGAUUUUAGAAUAUCCAUUGACCGUGUUGGCCCCUCACUCCUCCGUCGGUCGUCGCAGUCGCCAGUCGCGGACAACGCUCAACGCUCAGCAGUACCUAAACAAACGUUCGGCUAUAACCUGUGCCGCUCGUUUCGUUCUCGUCCGCUUUCGCAUUUCGUCAUCGCCUCACUGUUUCUUUUUUAUUCUCAAUCUCAUUCCUCGUUGUAUUAUGCAAGUGUAUUACAGUCACCGUCACCAGUUUUUCGAAUAAACCUAUUAGUUUCCUAUUUUGAUCGUUGAUCGCCGCUGCACAAACAUGACCAAAUUUGUUUUGCCGCUGAUAUUUGUCUGCCUGGUUAUUGGCAACAAUGUUAACUGGGGCGUUAGUGGAAUCGAAGGGGAUACAGAUUUGAACGAUUUACAAGACACUGUGAAAAAGAAGUUUGGAUCGCUUGCUCCUGGUUUGCCCAAUAUUGAUCAGCUCAAUGAGUCUAUACCUGCCUUAGAUGAAGGUGAAAAAGUGUUAAAAGAAAAAUGUUUAAAAAACAGCCAAUCCAACAACUCUUAUGAACUGACUGUGGAGGCGAAGAAAGAGUUUGAAGUUUGCGUGAAAUCUCUAGUUGAUGUUACAGAACUAAAAAAAGAGAUUAAUGAAGCUAAACCUAAAGGUGAUCUUGAUAUGGUAUUUAAGAAAUACUGCAGAAAGUCGCCAGAUUUUAAGGAUUGUGUUUUAAAUUUCACAUCUACCAUUGAUGUGUGCUUAGACGAAAGUGAAAAAGAUAGCAAGAAAAUUCUUCAGAGUGUCACAGAAGCUUUAUUAUCAUUUGUAUGCCAUGAUGAGGGUGAUCGUAUAGCAUUAUUUUAUUCAGAGGGUGGUCCAGAUUGCUUAAUGGAUAAAAAAGAAGCUAUACAACACUGUCUAAAUACAUCAUUCAGUAAGUACAUGCCUAGCGGUGAGCCAAGCUUGUCUAGCUUGCCAGCAUUCAAAUUUGAAGAAGAUCAAUGCAAGAGUAUGUCUGAUUUACAAGUAUGUGUAAUUGCUGAGUUAGAAAAAUGUGGAGAACCAACACCCGCUAACAUUAUUGAGUCAUUAUUUGAGUUUGUACGCCGAUCAACACCAUGCUCAAAAUUUCAAAGUGCUCAAAUACGUAAAAAAUCUGCAGGUGUUUCGUUACAUGCAACAAUCUCUAUUACAGCAUUAUGUAGUUUAACAAUCCUGUUAGGUCGAAUUGGAUUUUACUAGUAUAUUGGCAGUACUUACAGAAUAAUUAAUAACAGUGUUAAAUAAGGCUUAUAAUCAAAAUCCUUAAUAUAUAGUGAGACCAACGUUGAACUAAACUAAAUUUACAAAUUAUAUGUAAACAUAGGACAGUAAUGUUAUUAUUGAAGAAUACUCACCCCACCUUUUUUUUUACAUAUUUGUCUAGCAAGAGUUAACUUGUACAGAUCAAUUUGAACAGUAUACAUAUUUUUUUAUUUAAUCAGUAUAUUUUUUUUCAGACUAUAAUCAUAAUUUAAAGUGUUCAAAUUGUAUAGUCAUAAACCAUAUUAUGAUUUUAAAUUGUGAAGCAAUAUUUUCUAAAUAUUAAAAUGAUAUCAGAAAAUAAAUUACUAAAAUUACCUACACCAAUAUAAAAUAAUAUAUUUUUUUAAUGAAAACAAUGUUAAAAUUAUUUUUUAGUUACAAUAUUUAGUUUUCAAAAUCUUAAAUUUGCUCUUCUUAAUUAUAUAGGUGGUUGCAAUGGCCUACUACUUUUAUCUCAAAGUGUUUAUGUUAUUAAUUAUGGUUAGUAAGUUUUGGUGUUUAGGAUAAAGCAUAACUUAUUUUGUACACACAAAGUAAGUGUGUAUACAAUUUUUUUGUAAUUAUAAUUUUUGUUUUUUAUGUUUAUCUAUUUAUUUUAUAUGUGUAACCACAAAAUAAAAAAAAAUAUCUUAUGUUUAGUAUUAUAUAAUAUACUGCUUUAUUACCAACUUAUGAACAUACACAAAAUAUUCCUAUUAAAUACAUUAUGAGUUAAAUUAA